AUGUUACUUUAGAAUAGAAUCUGUAACAAUUAAUUCAUUGUUCAAAGGAAACUAUCUGCUGGUUCUUUUGGAAUUGUGUUUGUAGGUUUAGAUUAGAAUACAAAAUAAGAAGUAGCCAUAAAAGUAGAAAAAGAAGAGAAUGAAGAUGUUAGAUCAUUUGAAAGAGAAGUAUAAAUUUUUAAACAUCUUGGUUAAAUGGAAGGAAUACCUAAAUUUAUAUGGUCAGGAAAAGAACAUGGUUAUAAUAUAUUAGUUAUGCAAAUGUUAGGAAAUGAUUUAGCUUAUCAUUUUAAACAGUUGAAACACUUUACACUGAAGACUGUAUUACUAAUUGCAAUACAAUUAAUUGAUGUUUUAGAACAAUUACAUUUUCAAGGUGUUAUUCAUAGAGAUCUUAAACCAGAGAAUAUUAUAUUAGGUUAAGGUAAAGAUAAUGGUAAAAUUUAUUUACUUGAUUUUGGAAUCAGUAAAAUAUAUAAGGAUUUCAAUAAUAAACAUAUGUAAUAAUAUAUAUUAUUAUAUUAUUCUAGUCCUUUUAGAGAAAAUAAAUCAUUUUUAGGAACUACAAGAUAUGCUUCUAUUGCUGCUCAUCUUGGUCAUGAAUUAAGUAGAAAAGAUGAUUUAGAAUCUAUGAUGUAUAUCAUUUUAUACUUUAUUAGAGGGUAAAAUUAUAAUUUUUAUCAAGAUAGCUACCUUGGCAAAAUAUAUAAAACGUUAAUGAAGGUUAGAGAACUAAAAAAGUAGGUGAAAUUAAAUUACUAUUAUAAAAUGAAAUGUUUAGAGAUUAACCAAAAGAAUUUCAAAAAAUAUUUGAGUAUUCUAAAUACAAUUAUACAUAGUUACAUACGUAAAUUAGAGUUUUAGAGUCAACCUAAUUAUAAAAUGAUUAUUUUUGAACUUAAAAAAGAGCAGAAUCAUUAAAAUUAAAUCUUGAUGGAUUCUAUGAUUGGAGUGAAAUUAGACAAACUACUCAUUCUGAAUCUUUAAUUCCUCAUAAUAGUAUAGAAAUGAAAAAAUCUAUUGAAAAAUAAAUCUCAGGUAUUUUAAAUCAAUAAAAGUAAAUAAAUUUAUUUUUAUUUAUAAUUUCAGUUCUAAUCUAUUAUAAGCUCCACCUCCUCAAAUUUCAAGUAGAAACAAUAUUAAUGGAAAGGAUGAGAAUAAAAAAACUACUCUAGCUUCCUAUAAUGGUAUUGUUUUAUUUAUUUAUUUAUUUAAUAUAGGUAGUCAAUAAUGCAUUUCUAUUAAUCCAUUUUAUUCAUCAUCAUCUAUGAAAAAUUCAAAUAUAUUUGUAGAUAUUGAAACAGAUUUAAUUAGCUUAUAACUUAAUGAAUAUCUCGGAG